AUGGAUUCAGACUUGGAACAAGACUUUCGCGACUUUUCUUUGGAAGAUGAUCCCGAAUCUAUCCACCUUGAGCGAGAGGAAAACUAUAAAGAACGCUUCAUUGAAGCAAAAGAGGACAUCAAGAGGACAAAGACAUUUGCGGAUAGCGACGAUGUUGAUCAAUUUUUUAAGAAAUAUGGCGAUAUUGUUGGCAAGUCCUUGAACAAGCCUGCAGGUAAUCUUCUACAUACCCUUGUCGACGUGGUUACGCACAAUGGUAUUCAGCCAGAGGACAUUAAGCUUCUUAUCCAACGUUUGGUGGAAGAGUUCCCAGAUCUGCUCAAAUAUGAAAACGAGGAGAAGUACAACCCUGUUUUCAUGGCCAUCAAAGCGUCACAUCAUCAACUCGUAGACUGUAUGAUCACUACAUGUGUUGCGCUGAAGGGAAAGGCCUUGCAUGAGCAAUCACUUGACGAUUCGCUGAAGAAGAAGAUGAAAGAAGGCAAAACGUGUCUCCACCUUGCGAUGAUGGCGAUAGACUUUGAUAUAAAGACUAAGAAGCUAUUGAUCGAAAACGCCAGUGACGAGGCGUUGGCUGUUCAAGAUGAUGCUGGGAAAACACCUAUGCAUUACGCUGCGGACGUUAGGCGCUGUACAGAUGAAGGCACAGAACUCAUAAAAUUGUUCAUCGAACGGGACCUGAGAGCUACAAAGAAGACGUUAAGACCUCCGAAGACCUUCCUCGAUCUAUCCGACAAUAAUGGCGCAUCAGUCUAUUGGCAACAUUAUACGACUAGAAUAUCAAGCAUCAAGUAUUAUGAAGGUUGGCUCACGAAAAAACGCCAAUUGCUUGAGCGCAACUCACAAAACGUACCGCGAGCUUCAAAGUCUGUUGACAAACCUGUACUCGGAGAGCCCAGGCCAGAAGCUAUUACAGGACCAUCCAAGUUGAUGGCCUCGAAUAGGUUGGCUAGUGACCAAAGAGAUCGAUUGAGUCAUGAUAAUCCCAAGGAGGAAGUUGAUGAACGUGAAAUCCAGCGCCAGAGGAAAAAAGCCGAAGAAGCCGAGAAUCUUAAGAAUUCCGAGCUAUUUACAAAGACUAUUCGUAUCAGAGAGCGAGAUGUUACCAGCCGUGAUGCAAGCCAGACUCGGUCGACCAAACUCAAUGAGCUAGAUGAAAGCAAAACGCAACUGAAAGCAACUCGAGCGGCAAAUGGUACUGGACAGCUAGAAGCGGUGUCUAAUACAUCCAUAAAACGGAGGGGAACAGCGCGUGCGGACGGCGAUCUGGGCCGAGAGGAAGAGAGGCCCGCAGCGAAAGCUCGGCAGAAGAAGCGUGAUCCAGCCGAGACCAUGGCCCUCUUAACUAGGACUUCAGAUGAUAUUCUACAGCGCCUGAAACUACACUACAUGAGAACCCGGAGCACUGAAAUGGUCAUUUCUUUCUUGUAUGGUAACAACAUGCAAGAUGUUCAAGUUAGUUUUGACUAUGAUAGUCUACCUCGAAAAAUACCAUGGACCGAGUUCCUCAAACGCUUCGGUGCCGAUGCUUCUUCUGACCGCCUCAGGUUUGACAGUGUGCUACAGUACGUGACUUUCCCAAAAGUCCAGGUUUUUACCAAGGGCCGUCAUGCCGAUCGCGAGCGCGAAGCUGAGGAACAAUCUGGAAUACGCCAAAUUGGAGCCUUUGGCCGCAAAGAUAUGAAGUACUUCUUUGACUGGCUAUAUAACAAGGGCGUACGGCACAUUAUUACCUUGUCUGUGGAUGACUCUAGUGAUUCUGGAGAGAAAGUCCACAGCGACCAAAUUAUUCAGGAAUCUCUCGCAAGGUUUACUAUAGAGCGUCUCGACUGGAGGAAGACCGACUUGGAUCCCGAAACAAUAUUACAUAUUGGCAGCAAGGCUGCUGGCGCGGAAGCUUCUAUUUCUGACAGCGAUAAGAACAUACGGCCAAUUCCUCAACAGCUAAGACAACUUUCUCUAAAAUGGAGUGGUAGUAAUUCUGUGCUUCGAGCCUGGAGUGAGGCGGAAGGCUUGCCAUUAUUACCAAGGCUUCAAAGAAUACAUAUAUACAAGCCUUCUUCUGAUCAGGAGUAUGACAGUCCACAAUGGAUCAGUACAAACGUCAAGAAGUUCCAAAUCAGACUCAAUGCUAAUAGAAAGGCUAUUCGAGAUCGAGAAGUCGCCGCCUUUGCUGAUCAAACCAGUGUUUCAGAUGAUGAUGUAGCAUUUGGCGACGUCAAGGUUGAUGUUAUCGACUCAGGCAAGGAAGUUGAGCGCACAACUAGAUCUCGCGACACGUCUCACUUUGCAACAUCGACCAUCACCAAAGGCGUCAACUCACACCUGUGGUUGGAUUCUACUACUAGAUUUGCAGGCGAAAUGACAUAUUUUUGGCAGAAAACGGUUCAAGAGUUUCUUUCUUCAAAACCUAAUCCAGGCACCACAGAAAGAUUGGAGAGGGACGUUAUCGUUGCCCUAAUUGAUGACGGUGUGGAUAUGUUCGAUCCGGCUCUUUCCGACAGGGUUCUCGAGGGUAAGAGUUUCGACUUCCACGACGGAAAGGUCAGGCCAUCGUUUUCGUCGGCGGAGGGACAUGGCACUGUCAUGGCUAGCAUGAUACUACGGACUUGCCCCAUGGCUAAAGUGUAUCCGAUUCGGCUCAAGACGUAUCCAAAUGCCAACGGCAAGAACAAUAUCGAUGCCGAAUACGCGGCGCAGGCUAUUUUGGCCGCUCUGAACAAAAAGGCUGACAUUAUCUCAAUGUCUUGGACACUCCCAAUGUCAAGAGACAAGAGUGGUUCGAAAAAUCGAUUACAUGAAGCCCUGAAAAAAGCUGUUGAUAGCAAAGCCCUGAUGUUCUGUUCGGCGCCCGACCAAGGCAAAUUCACCACGCUUGAUUAUCCAAGCGGUCCAUGGCGCGAGGACUUCUUCCGCAUUGGCGCCGCGCGGGCAGACGGCACUGUUUUCCAAUGGACUCCAGAAGACGGCAUCACAUAUGUCCUGCCCGGCGUUGAAGUUAUCAGAGACCAAGUCAGCAGCAGCUCUUUCGACGUACUUUCAGCAGCAAGAUUCACCAAACGUAUAGAAGACUUCAAGUAUGAGACUGGAUCAAGCGUCGCGACAGCACUAGCGGCCGGCCUUGCUGCAAUGGUCAUCUAUUGCAUAAAGACUAGCAUAAUGAACAUGAAGAUAAUGAAUCAGAACAAAGAUCCGAUCGUGGGCAGUGCGAUUGGUGAUAAUGAUGCAAAUCUUAUUGCUGCCCCGGAUGCUAUGAAGCGAGCAUUUGCACGCUUAGGCAACGUUACGUCAAACAAGUUUAUCCAGGUCUGGGAGAAGUUUGAUGGGAUUAGCGAGACGCUUGAGACAUUGAGGAGAGACGGGUCGAGCUCGGAGGAGAAGGUCAAGUGUAUCAAGCGAUUUGUUGAGUUCGGAAGUGAGCUUGCAAAUUCUAUCAGGACAUAG